AUGCCGAAGGGCUCCAGGCAAUACCAUGGGAAAACAAAGAACGGGUGCCGGCAGUGCAAGAAGCGUCGCGUGAAGUGCGACUGUGUCGGGCCUGUCUGCGCCAACUGCCGCCGUCGACAAGAGCACUGCAGCUACCUCGGUCUACUUGCCGACACUCUGAACCGCGAAAAUGAGGGAGAUAAAUCCAGUGACACCAUGAGUAUGGUUCGCCGCGCGGCCACAGUUGCGGCACAUGCCUCCUCCCGUGACGCGCUCAACGCCUCGUUGCCCGCCGAGAGGCUCCGCGCGGACGAGGCCGAACUCAAACAUCAUUUUCUGAACCAGGCCUGGUUCACCUUCUCUUUACAAAACGACCCCCGCAAGUGUGAUGUUUGGUCAAGAUGGGUGCCCCAGCUGGCGACCCGCAACGUUUUCGUUCAUCAGAGCAUGCUCUCCAUAGCAGCGCUCCACCUCUGCCACCUCGAACCGCCCGACGCCAAACGAUAUUACUCCAUGGCCUGCAAGCAUGCCAUCCAAGCGAGCAACUACUUCAGACUCGCCGUUCCGCAGGUCAAUGAGGACAAUUGGCUCGCAACGUUCGUCUUCUCCAUGUGCAACGGCAUCUUUGGGUAUUACCGCCCUUUCGCCGACGAAAAGAUCAUGGGACAAGCCAUCACCUUUGAGCCAGCCAAAUCUCUGAUCGUGAUGCGGGUGGCGGCUAGGUUCUCCGAUACGGUUACAAGGUACGUGUACAAGAGCCCGAACCGCAACAAGCUCGCGCAGGUGGACCCCGACGAUUGGCGUGAUAGCAAUGACACAUUACUGCGGCCAUCGAUAUUCAAAAUCGCCAAGCUCGAGGAGUUUUUGUUGUUGGGGCCAGAGUCAACAGGCGUAGAGGCAGAUGAGACGGAAGUAUACCUAGCAGCCCUCGGUGCGCUGAGGACAUAUAUAAUUUCACUGCCAGGCCGCCCUAGGAUAUGGAAGCAUUUCAUCAUCUGGCCUUCGUUGGUAUCGGAGCAAUACAUCUCACUCUUGCAGGCGAAAGAGCCAGUGGCGCUCAUGCUGUUCGUCCUCUGGACCGAAGUCAUGUAUCUGGCGCCCCGGAGAUGGUAUUUGAUUGCCUGGUACAGCCGAGGCCACGUUAAUUCCUUGCGGGAACUCGCCCAGCAGGCCGCCACGCCAGCCCACCGGUUUUGGGAGACGCUGGUCGACGACAGCAGCCAGUCCGAAAACUGCGCGGAGGAAUCAGAGGCGAGCGAGGGCUGCCCGUCGACGCCGUCGGACGCCCAGAGCGACGACGGGGCACGUAAAAGCGACUUUUUGCUCAUGUCUACCGGAGAAGAGUUCGGCCCCGACAACCGUGGCCCGGCCAAGUUCUUCGAAGCCCAGGGGGCGGCUUAA